AUGCCGUUAGCGAGGCACUGUGCCAACGGGCCGCCUGGCACUGCCCCAAGCAAGCCACAGGUGACGUCACUGUUACAAAAAAUAACUUCUGACCAAAUAGACGACGAAACUGGAAACAUGCCGUUAGCGAGGCACUGUGCCAACGGGCCGCCUGGCACUGCCCCAAGCAAGCCACAGGUGACGUCACUGUUACAAAAAAUAACUUCUGACCGUUUAAUCAGUGGACACUUGAAAGAUGAGAUAACCCAUAUGACUUUAGGGUGUCGACUAUCAGUUUCUGGGUUGAAGUUUAAGUCUAAGUGGGUUAUCUUUAUGUAUCGGCAUGGAGACAGAGCCCCAAUUACAUUAUAUCCAAACGACCCCCAUAAUGCAACAAUAUGGCCAAACGGGCUGGGUCAGUUAACGAAGAGAGGAAAGGCCAUGCAAUACGCACUCGGCCGAUGGCUAAGGAACAGAUACAAAAACUUCAUCAGCGAGAAGUGGAUCCCGGAGGAGGUCUACGUCCGCAGCACAGACGUCGACCGCACGCUGAUGUCUGCCGCUUGCAACUUAGCCGCACUCUAUUACCCCGAGAAGCCGGCCCGGUUCGAAGACGACGUGGCUUGGCUUCCGACCCCCAUUCACACAGCGCCACUUUCGGAGGAUUUGUUAUUAAGCGUAGACCAGAGUUGCCCAAGAAUCCAGAAGGAACUGGUGCGUCAGGAGGAACUGCCGGUGGUGAAGAACGUUACGGAGGAGAGCCAAGUACUAUUCCAGUUCUUGACAGAGAAGUCUGGCCAGAACGUGACGACUAUAUUGGACGUUGAUUACUUAUACGACACCCUGCGGAUAGAGGCUUUAUAUAACCUCACCCUGCCUGACUGGACCCAUGAUGUCCUCCCAGCCAUGAAAGAACUGUCCGACUUCAGCUUCGAAAUCGUGGCCUUGUCCGAGGAACUGAAGCGGUUAAGAGCUGGUCCAAUAAUUGGAGAAAUGGGCAAAAACAUGAGGGAGAAGGUCGCCGGAAAGACCCCACAGCAGAAGAUGUUUAUGUAUUCAGCCCACGACACAACCUUGGCACAGCUGCUCCUUGGCUUGGGCGUAUUUAACAAUGUGGCUCCUCCCUACGCCACCACGUUCAUUAUUGAACUGCACAAGCAUAAUGAGAAUGAACAUUACGUCAAGAUGUUCCUCCGUAAUGACACCAAAAUUAUCGACCCGCCAUAUGAGCUCCACCUGCCUGGCUGUCCUGAUCCGUGCACCCUUGACGACUGGCUCAGCAUCACCAGUCAGGUCGUGCCCGAGGACUGGGCUGCCGAGUGCAAAUCUGACGAUGACGUGGUUGAAAUGGCGACCGAGACAUUAGUUGGUGAGUUUGUCUAGCCUUCCAUUGCUGCU